GGCGAGUGACGCGCCCGGGCUCGGCUACAAAAGAGGUCGGCUGCGGCGGGCCGGGCGGAACUUUCCAGAACGCUCGGCGGGAGGUGGAGGGGGCCGCGUCUGCCCGAGCUGCGCUGUGCUACGCUCCUCUUUCCGCUCUCCGGCGCCCGCCCGCUCACCGGCUGUGAAAAAUGGUGAAAGAAACCACUUACUAUGAUGUUUUGGGGGUCAAACCCAAUGCCACCCAGGAAGAACUGAAAAAGGCAUACAGAAAAUUGGCCUUGAAGUACCACCCUGAUAAGAAUCCAAAUGAAGGCGAAAAGUUUAAACAGAUUUCUCAAGCUUAUGAAGUUCUUGCUGAUUCCAAAAAAAGGGAAUUAUAUGAUAAAGGAGGCGAACAGGCUAUUAAAGAGGGCGGAGCAGGUGGUGGUUUUGGCUCGCCCAUGGAUAUCUUUGAUAUGUUCUUUGGAGGAGGAGGAAGGAUGCAAAGAGAAAGGAGAGGUAAAAACGUUGUGCACCAGCUCUCAGUGACCUUGGAAGACUUGUAUAAUGGUGCAACAAGAAAACUGGCUCUUCAGAAGAAUGUGAUUUGUGACAAAUGUGAAGGCCGAGGUGGUAAGAAAGGAGCAGUAGAGUGCUGUCCCAACUGUCGGGGGACUGGUAUGCAAAUCAGGAUUCAUCAGAUUGGACUAGGAAUUGUUCAGCAGAUUCAGUCGGUGUGCAUGGAGUGCCAGGGUCAUGGAGAACGCAUCAGUCCUAAAGACAGGUGUAAAAGCUGCAAUGGAAGAAAGAUCGUUCGAGAGAAGAAGAUUUUAGAAGUUCAUAUUGAUAAAGGUAUGAAAGAUGGUCAGAAGAUAACAUUCCAUGGUGAAGGAGACCAAGAACCAGGACUGGAGCCAGGGGAUAUUAUCAUUGUGUUAGACCAGAAGGACCAUGCUGUUUUUACACGACGAGGAGAAGACCUUUUCAUGUGUAUGGACAUGAAGGAAGUAGAAGAGACUGAUGAAAUGGAUCAGGUAGAACUGGUGGACUUUGAUCCGAACCAGGAAAGACGGCGGCAUUAUAAUGGAGAAGCAUAUGAGGACGAUGAACAUCACCCCAGAGGUGGCGUUCAGUGUCAGACCUCUUAA